UUAGAAGUGCCAAUACAAGCCUCACCACCUCCACCUCCACCUCCAAUCCCUCCAACUCUCUCUGCUGUACAUCGGUUUCAGUCCUCCGUGUUUAGUUCUCAUUCGUCAGGCCUUCCUGAAACCCUAACUUCAUCGUCUCCUCUUGUACCAAAGAGAGGGGUUUCCCAUUAUGUCAGGCCAGUAUUGACUCAGUCAAUGGAGACACAGGAUUUCAGAACACAUGCACUGUCGGGAGCUAGUAGUCUGCCCUUUUCAUUUGAAGGUCCCAUGCCCUUAGACAGCAUACCAUCUGUUGCUCGCUGUCAAAUGAUGGCUAUGCCAACAAAGAGUCUGGACAUAGCAGAUGUGGAUGUGUGCAUGUCUUACCCAGGUGGACCUGCACCUGCUCCGAAUGCGCUUCUCGAAUGUCCUACAGAAUCAGGAUCACCUCUCAUAAAGGAGACAUCUUCAGUCUCAGAGACCACAGCUCAUACACCAAGAUAUUUCUCUUUCAGAGGUUUCGGGGCAAGAUCUGCAUCUUUUGGAAGUGUGCCUCAACCUGGGAGAAUAGGGAGUAUGGUUCAGGCAGAGUUAAGUCACCCUCCAAUUAUGCUAGAUGAUCCAGGAAUUGCUAGAUCAUCAAGGAUAAAACUCAGGAGGAAAAUCAUUCUGUCUUCAUCUGCUCAGCAUUCAUUUCAGGAGAGAAAGUCAACAGAUCCUGAAGCACUCGAGCUCAAAUGGACAAAGAUCUUCCAGAUGCAGCAUUCAGAGGGCUACUGGGAGUUAACCACAGAACUGGGUGAAUUAAUAAAUGUUAACGCAGACCUCUUUGCCAACGUGUUCCUGAAAAACAAGGGCAUCCAUUCCUUAGGUGUAAGGGCCCAUGCAGACAUCCUGAGGCUGGUGGCGACGCUUCUGGUUCUGCAGCUGAUGAGGGUGGAGAAGCUGGAGGAAGGCAAACUGCUCCGCACCCUCUUCUGUCUGGACAACUCCUCUCAGCCUAGGCCUAAGCGGUGGGAGGAGGUGAAGAGGGCGGUGGACUGGGUUUGCUGGGCUGACCGGCAGUACCCGUGCGUCUACAGCCGGCUGGAGUUCGGUUUGAGCUGGGAGUCCUCCACUCGUCAGCUGCUGGGCUACGAAGGCCUCCCCCCUUUCUCACCUCUCAGUGGUCUGAACCUCCAGAGAACCACAGCUCCUGUGCUGGUCCACUGAGCAAGCCAGCAUGACUGGGGGAACAUGGAGAGAAGGAAAUGGAAAUGAGAUUAUCUUAUAGAUUGUGUUUUUACAUAGAUAUGCAUGCAUCUCUUUGCCUUAUGCAAUGACAAUACUUAAGAUGCAAAUAGCACACACAACAGAUGGAAUCACAUCAUUUUAUAUUUUGCCCUCUCUAGAAUUGGCUGCACACAAGCAUCUGAUUAGAUGUGUUUUGGCACGAAUCAUUUUUAGAAACUUGAGCAAAUUGCUGUUUUAAGAUAAGCAGGUUGCUUUGUCACUUCUUAGUGUUUUCUCAUGAGCAGCUUCCUGAAAGUUAUUUUAAUAUGUUAUUAUGAAAUCUCAACUUUAUGAUCAGCAGCUGACAGAGCUUUUCAGAUGGGUCUUUUUUAUGAUUUAUAACUUUACUUUGCUGAUCAGUUAUUUGCACUGCAGAUAUACCACAGCAAAUAUAAGUUAUUCACACGUAACAUAUUUUCACUAUUAGAUAGUUGGCUUCAUCAAGUAUCGCUUGUGUUCUUCAUUACAGUAGUAGUUGAGGUUUUUGUGUGUGUGUGUGUGUGUGUGUGUGCUCGUGAGCAGAAUUAAAAUCUUUUAAAAUGGUC